CUUGGGCGCUAACUUCGAGAAGGAUAUGAACAAAAGAAGUUGCAAUCACACACCGUUCUUCAAAAAAAAAAAAUGCUGCGUUCACACUCUCUAAGAUUGCAUCGCAAAUCUGUACAUAUACACGUCCACGUGUGUAUAUAUAAAUGUGCGGCCUGCUUAACUAUUUAGUCAACAACGAGAAAACUAUCAACAGACAGCGACGAUGGAGCUGAAAGCCGGCCUCUCAGCCAUCGUCACCGGCGGCGCCGCCGGCAUCGGCCGAGCACUUGUCUUGGCGCUCGCGCAGAAAGGUAUUUUUAUCACAAUCAUUGAUUAUUCUCAAGACAAAGGGAUAGAGGCUGCAUCACUGGCUGAAGAAGAAGUUCGGAAGUUUCACGCCGACCUGAAAUUUCCGGCGGUGCUUUUCUUCAGAUGCGACGUCGCCAACUCACAUGCUCUCGCGGCGGCUUUCCGUAAGCACGUGGAAACUUAUGGAGGAUUGGAUAUCUGUAUCAACUGUGCUGGAAUCGCGACUCCGCUUUCUUUCUAUGAGGAUCGGACUGAUGGCUUAAAAACGUGGAGGCGUGCUGUUGAUAUCAAUUUUGUUGCAGUCAUUGAAUCCACGCGCCUCGCGAUUCAAUCGAUGAAAGAAGUUAAGAAACCAGGUGUGAUCAUUAAUGUAGGCUCUGCUUCGGGUUUAUACCCAAUGUAUGCUGACCCUAUUUACUCUGGCUCAAAAGGGGGGGUAGUCCUAUUCACCAGAUCACUGGCUCUUUACAAGCGUCAAGGUAUUCGUGUUAAUGUCCUUUGCCCUGAGUUUGUUCAAACUGAGUUGGCCUCUAAGAUGGACCCUAAGUUCAUUGAUAUGAUUGGCGGCUUUUUGAGUAUGGAAAUGGUUGUGAGAGGAGCCUUUCAGCUUAUUAGCGAUGAAAGUAAAGCCGGGGAUUGCUUGUGGAUAUCCAAUAGAAGGGGCUUUGAGUACUGGCCAACUCCCGCAGAAGAAGAGAAAUAUCGAAUUCGUCCUAAGGCUUCAAGGAAAAAGUCUGCAGAUGUUUUGCCAGUGAAUGUUCAAAUCCCUCAAAGUUUUGAUAAGAUAGUUGUUCACACUCUCAGUCACAAUUUCCAAAGUGCAACAAGAGUGGUACGGGCACCCUUGAGAUUGCCGCUUAAACCAGAUUAUGUUCUUAUGAAGAUCAUAUAUGCUGGGGUCAAUGCUAGUGAUGUGAAUUUUAGCUCUGGAAGAUACUUUAGUGGGAGCAGUAAAGACACUGCUUCCUUGCUUCCCUUUGAUGCUGGCUUCGAGGCUGUGGGUAUAAUUGCUGCUAUUGGGGAUUCAGUUAAGCACUUAAAGGUUGGCACUCCAGCUGCAAUUAUGACAUAUGGGAGUUAUGCUGAAUUCACUGCGGUUCCUUCAAAGCACAUUCUUCCUGUGGCAAGACCAGAUCCAGAAGUUGUUGCUAUGCUCACAUCUGGGCUAACAGCCUCGAUAGCUUUAGAAAAGGCAGCUCAAAUGGACUCUGGGAAAACAGUUCUGAUCACUGCUGCUGCAGGAGGGACUGGGCAAUUUGCUGUCCAGCUGGCAAAAUUAGCCGGAAAUAAGGUUAUUGCAACUUGUGGAGGAAAAGACAAGGCCAAGCUUCUGAAGGAUUUGGGAGUGGAUAGAGUAAUCGACUACAAAGCUGAGAAUAUCAAAACUGUUCUGAAAGAUGAGUUCCCUAAAGGUGUUGAUAUUAUAUAUGAGUCUGUUGGUGGUGACAUGUUUGACCUAUGCUUGAAUGCUUUGGCAACCUAUGGACGUCUUAUUGUGAUUGGGAUGAUUUCUCAGUAUCAAGGGGAGGAAGGAUGGAAGCCACGAAAUUAUACUGGACUGUGCGAAAAGAUUCUGGCAAAGAGCCAGACUGUGGCUGGUUUUUUCCUAGUACAAUAUACACAUUUUUGGCAAGAACAUCUAGAUAAGCUAAUGGAUCUGUACACCUCCAGAAAGUUGAAGGUCAUUAUCGACCCUAAACCAUUCUUGGGAGUUCAUUCCGUUGCUGAUGCAGUUAACUAUCUUCACUCUGGUCAAAGUGUCGGCAAGGUUGUUGUAUGCAUGGACCCAACGUUCAACAAUCGCCUUGCAAAAUUGUGAUAUGUGUAGGAUUCCCGCAAUCCAUUUGCAGAGGAUUUUACUCGUGGAGAUUGGUAGAAUAAUGUACUAUCUUCUCAAUUAUAAUCAGCAGCUAAACCAUAUUUAAGUUUGUAUUACCCACACUACCGAACUCCAUGUUGUGUUUCAUUUGAACCAAUUCACUCUUUAAGUCAGCAUCCUGAUACAUGAAUUUUUGUAUAAAUUAUAUUCAUGCUGAAUAUGUAGCAACAUCCAAACUAA